UUAUCGAAAAAGCACAAAAAAGAAAAAAUAUCGAAAAGGAAGAAGAAAAUCAACACCAAAAAGUGACCAAAAAAAGAUAAAAAUCCAAAAAUUCCUGAAAAAAGUGCAAAAAUGUGACCUUUAUCCAUCGAUAAUGUAUUCACAAUACUUGUGCAAAUAUAAGGCUCGUGCAUGAUGUCGUACAAAAAUAAAUAAAAAAAAAAAAAUCAGCUAAAAAUCUAUCGAGUGACUCAGUUUCGUUUGAAUUGUGAUGUCGUAAACACUCACAUAAUUUUUUAAAAAAGUGUUUAAAAAAAACUCAAAAGAUUAGACAAGGUUUUAUUUAUGGUCUGAAGUGAAUCAGAAUCCGGUGAAUGAUGAAUUGAUCAUGAUAAAAAAUUUGAAGAGCUUUUAAUUUCUAUCAAGAGUCUUCAAACAAAAGUGAAUUGUUGAAAAUUAAGCAAAAAAAAAAAAAAUUGAAACCCACACAAAGUACAGAAAAUUGUUACUUUACACAAAAAAUAUUUAUUGUCAAUGUAAAUAAUGUCAUGAUCGCAGAAAAAAUCCACAAAGUAGGCUCGCAGUGAACAAAUGACGUACCCAUGCAUCCAUAAAUGGUUAAUUUAUUCAACUCGGAUUUUUUUUUGAUGGAAUUUAUUUUUUUUUUACGCCGGUCGUUUGUUGUAACUUGGAAAAAUUAGUGCAAUAAAUAUUCGUUCAUUAUGGGAAUCGAGGAGGUCGAUCAUCGAAUACCCACGGAGACGCUGGCAGUUCUCCGGGGAAUUUUAGUGAAAUCAUUGUCGAGAGAGAAUCUCAGCGAGACCGAUUUGAAACGUGAAUUAAUUUUAAACAACAACAAUCAGUUCUACCACAACAAUUAUUAUCAUGCGCAACGCAAGCAAAAUCGGGUGACGCGCGAUCCGAGCAACAGUAAUGUGAUAAAUAAUGUGCUGCAGAAGCAAAAUCAUCAGCGACAUUCGACGAUACAAAAACAAAAUAUCGCUGGAAACAAAGAACCUGCAGCACCCAACAAACAGCCAUCCAGACCGUCAUCCGCGAGCAGAGGCACAAAUCAAAGUCAUAACAGUAGCAUAAACAGUACGUUGCAUUGGUUCGCGUGCGUUGGUGGCGGUGCCGAUGACGAAAGUCACAACAAGCAGGAAAAUAAUUAUUCAGAAUCUGCGAAAUUUGACUACGAUAACAUUCAAUUUUUCGAUGGUGAUGAAGCUGAACUAAAUGCGAUCCACAAGGAGCGCGAGGAGAAAAUCAAACUGAUGAAAGAGAAGCAAAAUGAGGAUCGCCAACGCAAACUCGAGGAUUUGAAAGCUCAAGCGCUCGCAGCACAAAAGUUCCGCGAACAAAAGGAGGAAGAGCGCCGCAAACGGAUGGAAGAGCUGCGAAAUCGCGAAAAUGAUCGUCGGCAGCAGGUCGAAGAGCGGAAAAAGGCCAUCAAUGAGGCGGAAAAGGAGCGUCGCGAAUACAUUUUGCGCAAAGAUCAGGAGCGACAAGCGCGUCUCGAGACAAAGCGUCGCAACGAACGGAGCCAAAUUGCGUUCGCUUUCGGCUCGUCGACGCCGCGCAUGAUUGAAACCGUCGAUUGUAGCGGCAUGAGUAUGUCGAGCUCGUUCUGGGCAACCAGAAGAGCCACAUCCAUCACGAAUAUGUCUUAUGGGAAUAAUACAGCUUUAACGCGUCGCAGCUCCGAACGCGAACUUGGGGGAGACAGCAAGAAACGAGCGACAUCCGCUGGAGGAUUAGAUAGGCAAUCAGAAGAUGAUUCAGGUGUUGAUUCUCAAAGUUAUCAACGUGCUAAUCGCCGUAAAACUGAUUUAAUGCCCACCAUUCCCAGUCCUCGUGAUAGUUCUAGAACGUCAUUUGGCACACACACUCCUAGAACUCCAGCUCGUGCUUUUUCGAUGACGCGCUUGGAUCAGCUAGCAACGCCUGUGCGCCGCAACGGAGAACACAUUCGUGCGAUUGUCGAGCGCGAACGCAAACAAGCGCUCGAAAUUGAAAAUUUAUCGCGUUUAUCGUUGUCACGCAAUUCUCCCACAGACACGGCGGCGGACUUGAAACGCAAAAGUCGCAGCAUGUCACAGCUCGCGGGGCGUCGCUCGAGCAAUAUGCGACGUGACCUCAGCACGGGCAGUGCUCGUAACUCGCCAAUGACACCUUCGGCGACGACAACGACAACGCCAAGUCGCUACAAGACGAGCACGAUGCGCAAAAGUGACACGUCAAAGAGCAUGUCGCAGUUAUCGGAUGCGGAUAACGAGACAGUGAAGCGAACGAUGCGGUCUCGCAGGUUGCGGCAACAAGUCAAAGAUCAAUUAAGUAACUCGAGCGUUACAGGCUUGCGAUCCGGCGAAAUUACCCCUACGAGUCAUCAUGCAAGUGGCUCGAGACCUGGCAGUGCAAUGUCAACAUCAACAACAGCCUCCGGUGUCGUCUAUCGUCGAUCAGCGCCCAUUGCACGUAAGCCUCGUCCCGCAAGUAUUGCCGUCACCGGAGUUACUCCCAACAAGGAUGAUGCUUCUGAUAGCAAACGCCCCCCGCUUCCAAAGCCCGCAGCAACUAGACGUCCCACAAGUGCAUCCAACACUCCAUCAAGCAAGACUGCUGGCUCGGAGCAGCCAAAGAAGAUCGAGAAGCCACGCAGUGCUCGCGCAACGCCCGCCAAAGGCACAACUCCGCUCGUAUCGCCGAGUCCCGAUACCGCCAGCAAAACCAUGGAACAGACAAUAAAACAAGCUUCCAAAACGGUCACGGAAACGCUGACGAAGGAAACUGGCGAAACGGUUGUCACAAAAACGGAGCAAGUCACGCAAGAAGUCACUGUGGCGUGCAACGAAAAUGGCGCUGCGGUCAUUUCGACGCUCGACGAGCAAAAAACCAUCACGGAAACCGCUGCGGCAGUCGUCGAUGGAGUCAUUGAUGCUGCCAUGAGUGGCACAAGCACUCCCAAGGUCGAGAAAACGCCGCAACCCGAACCGCGAUCGAACAGCGAUUUGGACAACGUCGAUAUGACGGCAUCGAUGAUCGCCAAGAAAAUCACGACGGAGGAAGAAGCGAAGGCAAAGUUGGCGGAAAAACGUCGUUUGGCACGCGAAGAAGCCGAACGUCAAGCCGAGCUGGAGCGACAACGUCAGGAGGAAGAAGCUCGUGAAAUUUUGCGGCAAGAACAGGAAAUUAUUCGUCUCGCUGAGGAGCAACGGCGACAGGAGCAAGAACGCCUACAGCUAGCCAUAGAAGAAGCCAAAAAACGCGAAGAGGAGGAACAGAAGAAACGUGAGGAAGAGGCACGUUUGAAGGCCGAGAAAGACUUAGAAGAGAAGCGGAAAGCGGAGGAAGCGGAAAAGUUGCGCAUCGAAACCGCGGAACGUCUCAAGAAGGAGGAGAAAGAACGCGAGGAACGCAGAAAACGUGUCGAAGCUAUUAUGGCUCGUACACGCAAAGGAGGUGCUAAUAAUACACCAAAUAAGACUGCCGAUGACGAGGACAAGUCCAACAACAUGACCCAAAGUCAAAUCCUCAUGUCUCAAUCGUUGACGGAGUCAAUGAUACAGGAGAUUAAAGAGGUGACGGCGGAAAAUUCCGCAGAGUCCAGCAACAACAGCAACAGCGAUGCAUCAUCACAGCAACAAAAGCAACCAGAUUUGACGACGCAGACACCAGCUGCAAAUGCCGACGAGCCCGGCAAAAAUGGCACUGGCGAUGCUCAUUCGCAAUACGAAAAUUCAGUUACUGAAAAAGAGAAUUUAUUAAUAAGUAAUUUUAACAAAAAUUUAAAUUUAAACAAUGGCAGCAGCAAUAGUGAGCAAAUGGAUGCCAACGAGCAUCACAAUGGCAAGAAUGGAUCGGAGGCGCACGAUAUUGGCAUGAAGACGACAGAAUUGAUCAUUCAAGAUGCAAUUAAUCAACAAAAUGGACACAAAAAUGGGGGAUUCGAUGAUAUGAUAAAACCAAUCCCAGUAUCUGAGGCAAAACUGAAUGCCGUCAAUCAAGAUUUGAUUACCGAUCAAUUGAUCGACUUCAAUAACCAAACAGCAGCAACUACCACAACAACUGAUGUACAGAUGAAUAUUGAUGAUCCAUUAUUAAGUUUCAAUAAUAAUAACAAUUUAACGCCGCUAGUCGCCGAUAGUCAAGAUAAUAGAGACUUAUCACUAUUGUAAACUAUAUAUCAUAAAAAAAUUAAUAUUAAUAGUUGGUUAAUACUAUUUAAUUAAAAAAAAUCUACAAUUAACAAUAUUACAAAAAAAAAUCAAUAUUAUUUCAUCAACUAACUAAAAAAAAUGGGAAAAAGCAUCAAAUCAAAAAUAUCAGUUAUAUCAUUAAUUAAAUAAUUGUAAAACUUAUGUUUGUCCAGAUUCCGUGUAAAAAAAAUUAAGUACUGAUUUUUAAAUAGGUUUUUUAAUGUAAUGUCUAUUAAAAAAAUUAUUUGUAUAUUUAUUAAUAUAAAUCUAUACAUUUAUGUCAUAUUCAGGUCAAAAUGGUAAAAAAAAAUUACUAAAUAAAAAAAAAAUAAAUGUCGUGAUAUUAUAAAUGUCACAAUAAUUCUUCUAUAAAAAUAUAAAAAAAAAAUAUUAUAAAGAAAAAACAGUCAACUGUGUUAUUUUUAACAAUCUCCAAAUUAAAAAAAAUAGCUUUAGGAGCUUCUCACGAAUCCUGCAAAUUUUUCCCUCAAGAAAAAAUAUUUACUCACAAAAAAAAACGUUGGAUUCGCUUGAAAUUUGACGCCAAUUCGGUAGAUAUCGCGUACAAUCUAUAACCUCAAGGUAUAUUCAGUAACGUAGCUAGUACACAUUUAAACAUCGUUGAAUCCUCUAUAUAUAUUUUUGAACUGUUUAACCAAAAUAUAUAGACAAAAAAAAUAUUUAAUCCUAUUUAUCGUCUUGUGAAACUCGUGUAAAGAUGGUAAGCAAAAAAAACACGAGUUUUUGCCAUUUAAUAAAAAUUUCAUCAAAAAUCAUAAAAAAAGUGUUUCAAAAAAAAUAAUAAAUUUUAAUAAAUAUUUAAUAAAAAAAAGUCACUUUUAGGACUCAAAAAGCACAUUUUUCAAGAAAUUGCUAAAAAAUUGUAAAAUUUUUCGGGAUAUGACAUAAAGCAAUGUAAAAAAAAAAUUGUAAAAAAAAAGUUGGUAGGAAAAAAUUUUAGUCGCUUAAUUUUUUCAUGAAAUAUUUUAUUUGCCUUGGUAGCCUUAAAAAACUCUCAGUUAAUAAAAAUAAAAAAAAUAAACUACUUUAAUUUUAUUCCUCG